AUGUUAACACUACCAUUUGAUGAGUCUGUUGUAAUGCCAGAAUCCCAGAUGUGUAGAAAGUUUCCCAGAGAAAGUGAUGACCAAAAGCAAAUGAAGAACACAGAAAGCUUUUCAAAGCAGAUCAUCCUCCGAGGAAAGAAUAUUAAAAGAUCUCCUGGAGAAGAAACAGAAAAAGAAGAGGAGGAGGAAGAGAGAGAAGAGGAGGAUGAGAAUGGCUUGCCAAGGCGAAGGGGCCUUAGGAAAAAAAAGACAAGCAAGAUAAGGAUGGAAAGAAUUAAAUUCAGGCGUCAAGAAGCCAAUGCAAGAGAGAGGAACCGUAUGCAUGGCCUUAACGAUGCUCUGGACAAUUUAAGGAAAGUUGUCCCUUGUUAUUCUAAAACACAAAAACUGUCUAAAAUAGAAACUUUAAGACUAGCUAAGAACUAUAUUUGGGCUCUUUCUGAAAUACUGCGAAUUGGGAAGAGACCUGACCUGCUCACCUUUGUCCAAAACUUGUGCAAGGGUCUGUCCCAACCAACUACAAACUUGGUGGCAGGGUGCCUGCAGCUGAAUGCCAGAAGUUUCCUAAUGGGCCAGGCAGCUGAAGGUGCCCAUCAUACCCGCACACCCUACUCCACCUUCUAUCCUCCCUACCACAGUCCGGAGCUUGGCACCCCCGCAGGGCAUGGGACUCUUGACAGCUCUAAGUCCAUGAAACCAUACAAUUACUGCAGCGCUUAUGAGUCCUUCUAUGAAAGCACUUCCCCUGAGUGCGCCAGUCCACAGUUUGAAGGUCCCUUAAGUCCUCCCCCAAUUAACUAUAAUGGGAUAUUUUCCCUGAAGCAAGAGGAAAGCUUGGACUAUGGCAAAAAUUACAAUUAUGGCAUGCAUUACUGUGCAGUGCCACCCAGGGGUCCCCUUGGGCAGAGCUCGAUGUUCAGGUUGCCUACAGAGAGUCACUUCCCUUAUGACUUACAUCUGCGCAGCCAGUCUCUCACCAUGCAAGAUGAAUUGAAUGCAGUUUUUCAUAAUUAA